CAGAUAAUAAACAACGAUCGUUUCGUUUAUUGAUGAAUGAUAUUAACAUUACAUGUACAAAUAAAUUAGUUUAACAAGGAAUACAAGACAACUAAUGAUAAUUAAAUGUAAAAAAGAUGUUUGUAUAUUUGAGUAAAAAAAUAGCAAUACCAAAUAAUUUUCGAUUAAAUUGUAUAGCAUGGAAUCAAAGAGAAGGUUAUAUAGCUGUAGGUGGAGAGGAUGGUCUUUUAAAAGUGCUUAGAGUAGAUUCCAAUGUCAGUAAUUCUACGAGUGGUGCAAAGUCUAGAAAUUUAACAGCUACAAGUAAUUUAAGUAUGAAUCAAACUUUGGAAGGUCACAAUGGACAUGUACAAGUAAUUACAUGGAAUGAACAACAUCAGAAAUUAACUUCAAGUGAUCAAAAUGGUGUAAUCAUAGUUUGGAUGUUGUAUAAAGGUUCCUGGUAUGAUGAAAUGAUAAACAAUUGUAAUAAAUCAAUAGUUAAAGGGAUGGCAUGGAGUUUAGAUGGAUUAAAAAUAUGUAUAGUCUAUGAAGAUGGAGCGGUAAUUGUAGGUUCAGUUGAUGGCAAUAGAAUUUGGGGAAAAGAAUUAAAAAAUAUAGCUCUUGCUGCUGUACAGUGGUCUCCAGAUGGAAAAUUAUUAUUAUUUGGUAUAAAAAAUGGAGAAGUUCAUCUCUUUGACAAUCAAGGUGUAUUUUUAACAAAAUUAAAUAUGUUACCACUUAAUAGUGGUCAAAUUCAAACAAUAGUUUCUUUGCAAUGGUAUGAUGGAAGAAAUGGUUAUAUUGGCUUAGAUUCUCCUACUUUAGCUGUUUGUUAUAGAAAUGGCAAAAUACAACUCAUGAAAGACACAAAUGAUGAUAAUCCAAUUGUAAUAGAAACUGGUAUGACAGCAGCAUGGUGUUGUUGGAAUAGUUAUGGAUCUAUAUUAGCUGUAACUGGUAUGGUACCAUUAUUAGGUAAUGGAGAAGCAAAAGAUAUUAAUGUCAUUCAAUUCUAUACUCCAUUUGGUAAACAUAUGAGGACUUUAAAAAUACCUGGUAGAGAAGUCACAUGUUGUGCAUGGGAAGGAGGAUCCCUUAGAGUAGCUUUAUCAGUUGAUUCUCAUAUUUAUUUUGCAAAUAUUCGUUUAGAUUAUAAAUGGACUUAUUUCAGUAACACUGUUGUAUAUACGAAUGAAAAGAUCACUAAGGAUGGCAUUUGCAUUAUAUUCUGGAAUACAACAAAUAAUACUUAUUGUACUAAGAAUGUAAGAGCAUUGAUUUCUAUAGCUUCAUACGGAGAUCAUUGUGUUUUAGCGGUAAAAAAUGAUCUUGCUCAAGGGUCAGAGCAAUUUACACUUUUAGUAUGCAAUACAAUUGCCACUCCAAUAGAUACAAAAUAUAUAAAUCUGGAGCCAUUAUGGGUGACAAUGACUAACAAUGUGAUUAUUACAGCAUCCAAGAACAAUUUUUUAGUUUGGAGUUAUCGUACUCCUCGUAAUUCCAUGUUACAUGCAGGAAGAAUUAGAAGAGAUAAGAUUUAUCAUAUUGAUGAAACUCCAACUGGAGUAACAGAAGUCAUUCAAGAUUUAGAUAAAGAUAGAUCCUUUGAAGCACCUAUUAAUACUAAAGCUACUAUGGAUCCAAUUUGUUGUUUGUGUGCAACUGAUAAGAUUCUAUUAAUAGGUAGAGAAUCAGGAAUGAUUCAAAGAUAUUCUUUAUCUCAAAUAACUCUUACAAAUAGAUACAAUACAUCUUGUAAGCUUUACAAGAUUGCAAUCAAUUGUGAUUCGUCACGGGUAGCUAUUAUGGAUUCAAGUGGCGUUUUGACUAUGUUAGAUUUAGAGACUGAUUCUAGAAAAAAUAUUAUUUCGAAGGAUGAAGAAUCAGAGAACGAAAUAAACAAGUUUGAAAGAAAAGAUGUAUGGGCUAUGUGCUGGGCACAAGACAAUCCCACUUUAUUAGCAAUUAUAGAAAAAACUAGAAUGUAUGUUCUAAAAGAAUUCGAUCCUGAAGAACCAAUAUCUUGUUCUGGAUAUAUUUGCUCAUUUAAAGAUUUAGAAAUACGUUGUGUUUUACUGGAUGAUCUCAUGCAAAAUCCGGAAGACACAAAAAAUGAAUUAAUAGUAGAUUUAGAAGUAAAAUCCCUAAGAGAUACUAGAGAAUUAUUGAUGAAAGUAGGAUUAAAAGAAGCUAACAAUUUCAUCCAGGACAAUCCACAUCCACGAUUGUGGCGUUUAUUAGCUGAAUCAGCUUUACAAAAAUUAGAUUUGGAAACUGCAGAAAAUGCAAUGGUUCGUUGCACAGAUUAUUUGGGAAUACAAUUCAUUAAACGUUUGCAGAACGUGCAUAAUGAUCAAUUGAAGAAAGCCGAAGUGGCUGCUUUUCUUAGCAACUAUGAUGAAGCAGAAAAGUUAUAUUUAGAUAUGGAUAGAAGAGAUCUUGCUAUUUCAUUGCGUCAAAAAUUAGGAGAUUAUUUUCGAGUUGUACAAUUAAUGAAAAUGGGUAUCGGCGGAUCUGAUAAACAAAUGGAAUAUGCUUACAAUAAAAUUGGCGAAUAUUAUACUGAAAUACAGAAUUGGGAAGGUGCAAAAGAAUAUUAUGAGAAAACUAGGAAUUUAGAAAAACUUAUAGAAUGUUAUUACAAAUUAGAAGAUUUCGCUCAAUUAGCAGGAAUAGUACAACAGUUACCAGAUAAAAGCCCUCUUUUAAAAACAGUAGCAAGAAUGUUAGGUUCCGUAGGUAUGUGUUCCCAGGCAGUGGCAGCAUAUAUAAAAUACGGAGAUGUGAAAUUAGCCGUGGAUACAUGCGUCCGUUUAAACCAUUGGGAUCAAGCAGUUGAAUUAGCAAAAACAUAUAAAAUGGCUCAAAUAGAUGAAUUAUUGAAUAAAUAUGCCAAUCAUCUUUUGUCUAAUGGUAAGAGAUUGCAAGCCAUAGAAUUAUAUAAGAAAGCAAAUCAUAACUUGGAAGCAGCGAAGCUAUUGUUUAAAUUGGCAGAAGAGCAAGCAAAAACUAGAAUGAAUCCAUUACGUGUAAAAAAGAUUUAUAUCUUAGCAGCUUUGCUAAUUGAGGACCACAUCAAUAGCACUCCGACUAUUAAAGGCAGUCGAAGCAACGUUGUGAUGGGAUUAACAGAGAAUAACGAAGAUAGUCAAGUAAUAGAAAAUGCUUGGAAAGGUGCAGAGGCCUAUCAUUUUCUUUUAUUAGCCAAUAGACAGAUAUAUUUAGGAAAUUUCGACGCAGCCAUGAAAACAGCCUUGAGAUUAAGGGAAUACGAAGAGAUUUUACAACCUGAAGAUAUUUAUUGUUUGCUUGCUCUAUCAAGUGCAGUUAAUCAUGCUUUUGCAGUCUGCUCCAAGGCAUUCGUCAAAUUAGAAUCUUUAGAAACUAUAUCAGAGACGACUAGAGAAGAAUACGAGGAUUUGGCUGUGGAAAUUUUUACCAAACAUAGUCCUCAAGAUGUUCGUAAUUCUAAAGCAGAAUGUACAAAUUGCGAAAGUCUAGUGCCUGAUUGGUGUGUCGCUUGUCCUAAUUGCAUGACCAGAUUUCCUCCUUGCAUUAUGUCUGGAAAACCACUGAUGGAUCUAAGCAAUGCAUGGAUUUGCACCGUUUGCAGACAUCACGUUGCUACAGAACGAGAUGUAGUUAAUAUUAAUGCUUGUCCCUUGUGUCAUAGUACGGUUACAUACAUGUAAUGAAAGCUUGUGAGAAUGCAUUAAGCAUGCAAAUCAAACAAAUACAUAUUUUAUGUUUGCGCUUUUAAAUAAAAGCAAAUAUGCUAGCGAAGUUUAGACUUGCUGUCGAAAGAAUAUAUUUUUUUUAUAGUUUUAUAUUAUAUAUUGCUAAAAGGAUUAGUUUUAAUUCUUUUUAUAACUUAAAUAAUCGACG